GUCUACUCACUUCUUGAAGCCUAGACACUCUUAACUUAUAAAAAAAUAGCUAUAAUGAGAUUUGGAUCAUCAAUUUUUCCUCAUGUUUUCUCUUAUUUUUCUUAAUUUAAGGAUUGAUAAAUUAUAAAUAAUAAAAAAAAAAAGAAACUCAACACUUAGAUUAAGAAAAAUGAGAAAAAAGGGGAAGAAAAUGGUAUAGAUCCAAAACUGUAUGAAUGUAUGAAAUACAGUACUCCUGUAUAACUGGUGGUGCAAGCAGUUAGUGUGUAUAAAUGAGUGCCUUUAUACUAGUAUGACCCAUUUCCCCACAAACUCUCACACAUAAUGGCAUAGCAAAACUGCAAAGAUAGUGACAUCUGAGAAUCAAAAGUAAAAUCCAAUGACACACCACACCUUACUGUACACUCUUAUUUACUACUCUCAAUAGCUGAAUUAUUCAUACCACAUAACUUAACAGUUUAUAGAGAGAGAGAAAAUAAACCAAAAUGUAAAAAAGAAAGAAAGUUAGUAGUAUAUGAGAGAGAGAAAUAGGUAGUAGUAGUAGUAUUGCUGCAGAGUUUGCAGGUUUUUAGCAGAAAUGGUGGCAGAUGGUUUUUUAACUUUACAUGUGAAAUUAUUUUCUCUCUUAUCUUUUUAUUCAUUCAUUUUCCUUGGUACUAGCUAGUAUGAGAGAGGAGAGAAGUGUUGUUUGUGUGGCAGAAACAACGAUGUGAUUGAACAUUGAAAAGCUUUCUUCAGUUAUUAGUAUUAUUAUUAUUAUUAUUACACUUUGAUAUAUUCAGAAACUUUGAAAAUCUAAAUCUUUCUUCAUAUUCACAUAAAAAGCUAUAUUAUAUGGAGAAUUCACAGAAGAAUACUCUCUUACUCAUUUUACCUUACCCUUUUAUCUCUCUACCAACAACCAUUUGAAUGCUUGGUUUGUUCCUAGUGAGUGAGUGAGUGAGUGAGUCCUACAAUUACUGCUAUCAUAGCAUAGUAUAGCAUUAUUAACAAACACCCUUUUCCUGUUUUUCUCUUCUUGUGUUUGGUUCUUUGUGUAUGAACAAGAGAUUCUAGAAAGAAAGAGUUUUUUGGUGGUUGUUGAGUUAUGGCAUUUCAAUUUGGAGUAUUUUGUGUUCUUGCUUUGCUCAUUUGUUUCAAUGUCAAUUCAGUGGAUUCAGAUGAUGGGGCAACAUUGUUAGAGAUAAAGAAGUCAUUCAGAGAUGUGGAUAAUGUUCUAUAUGAUUGGACAGACUCACCAACAUCAGAUUAUUGUGCUUGGAGAGGGGUUUCAUGUGAUAAUGUCACCUUCAAUGUUGUUGCACUCAAUCUUUCAGGUCUGAAUCUUGAUGGCGAAAUUUCGCCGGCAAUAGGGAACCUUGAGAGUUUGGUCUCUAUUGAUCUUAAAGAAAACCGGUUAUCAGGUCAGAUACCAGAUGAGAUUGGUGACUGUUCUUCGUUGAAUAGCUUGGACUUGUCAUUCAACGAAAUACGGGGGGAUAUACCAUUUUCGAUAUCUAAGCUGAAACAACUGGAAAGUCUGAUUUUGAAAAAUAAUCAGUUAAUUGGACCAAUUCCUUCAACAUUGUCUCAGAUUCCUAACUUGAAGAUACUGGACCUGGCACAGAAUAAUCUUAGUGGUGAAAUACCAAGGCUUAUAUACUGGAAUGAAGUUUUGCAGUAUCUUGGCUUGCGAGGAAACAACUUGGGCGGUUCACUAUCUCCGGACAUGUGCCAAUUAACUGGCUUGUGGUAUUUUGAUGUGAGAAACAAUAGCUUGACAGGAAGUAUUCCUGAAAACAUAGGAAAUUGUACCUCCUUCCAGGUCUUGGAUUUAUCGUACAACCAGUUAACCGGAGAGAUUCCAUUCAAUAUCGGAUUUCUGCAAAUUGCAACCUUGUCAUUGCAAGGGAAUAAACUUUCGGGACAUAUUCCCCCGGUGCUCGGUCUCAUGCAAGCACUUGCUGUGUUGGACUUGAGUUGUAACAUGUUAACCGGAUCAAUCCCUCCGAUUUUGGGUAAUUUGACCUACACAGAAAAAUUGUACUUGCAUGGAAACAAGCUGACGGGCUCCAUCCCUCCGGAACUCGGAAAUAUGUCAAAGCUUCACUAUUUGGAACUGAAUGAUAAUCUUCUAAGUGGACAUAUACCUCCCGAGCUCGGAAAGCUUACCGAUCUAUUUGACUUAAAUGUUGCUAACAACAACCUUGUGGGGCCGAUUCCUGGUAAUUUAAGCUCAUGUACAAACCUUAACAGCCUAAAUGUGCAUGGGAAUAAGCUGAAUGGAACAAUACCGGCUACUUUUCAGAGCUUGGAGAGUAUGACUUCUUUGAAUCUCUCAUCAAACAACCUCCAAGGCCCCAUUCCGAUUGAAUUGUCACGGAUCGGUAAUUUGGAUACAUUGGACAUUUCAAACAAUAAAAUAAUUGGACCGAUUCCUUCUUCCCUUGGUGACUUGGAACAUCUUCUGAAGCUGAAUCUCAGCCGAAACAACUUAACAGGACCUAUUCCAGCAGAGUUUGGUAAUCUUAAAAGUGUUAUGGAAAUUGAUCUUUCUCAUAACCAACUCUCUGACUUUAUUCCUGUUGAACUUAGUCAACUUCAGAACAUAGCAUCAUUGAGGCUUGAAAACAAUGACUUAACUGGGGAUGUAGAGUCACUUGAAAAUUGUCCAAGUCUUUCUCUGCUGAAUGUGUCAUAUAACAAACUAGUUGGUCUUAUUCCCACAAGCAACAACUUUACCAGGUUUUCACCAGAUAGUUUCAUUGGAAAUCCUGGUCUUUGUGGUAACUGGUUGAAUUUUCCAUGUAAAGGCCCUCAUCCUUCAGUACGAGUUACAUUAUCUAAGGCGGCUAUUCUGGGAAUUACACUCGGUGCCCUUGUAAUUCUUCUUAUGAUACUUCUGGCUGCUUUCCGACCACACCAUCCAUCUCCGUUUCCGGAUGGAUCACUCGACAAACCAGACAAAUCAAUUACUUUCUCUCCUCCAAAACUAGUGAUUCUUCAUAUGAAUAUGGCACUUCAUGUGUAUGACGAUAUCAUGAGGAUGACUGAAAACUUGAGUGAGAAGUAUAUAAUUGGAAGUGGUGCAUCGAGUACCGUUUAUAAAUGUGUUCUUAAAAAUUGCAAGCCAGUUGCCAUAAAGAGGCUCUAUUCUCACUAUCCACAAUACUUGAAAGAAUUUGAGACUGAGCUUGCGACCGUCGGCAGCAUUAAGCACCGGAAUCUGGUCAGUCUCCAAGGCUACUCUUUGUCACCUUAUGGCCACCUUCUCUUUUAUGACUACAUGGAAAAUGGCAGUCUCUGGGAUCUUCUUCACGGAGCUUGCAAGAAGAAAAAACUUGACUGGAAUCUGCGUCUAAAAAUAGCACUCGGAGCAGCACAAGGACUUGCAUAUUUACACCAUGAUUGCAGUCCUCGCAUCAUCCACAGAGAUGUGAAAUCGUCGAACAUUUUACUGGAUGCAGAUUUUGAGCCGCAUCUCACGGAUUUCGGCAUUGCCAAAAGUCUCUGCCCUACAAAGACCCAUACUUCUACUUACAUAAUGGGCACAAUUGGCUACAUAGAUCCGGAGUAUGCCAGAACUUCCCGUCUCACUGAGAAAUCUGAUGUCUACAGCUACGGUAUUGUUUUACUUGAAUUGCUAACUGGAAGAAAAGCUGUUGACAAUGAAUCCAACCUCCAUCAUCUAAUUUUGUCCAAGACAGCUAGCAAUGCAGUAAUGGAAACUGCCGAUCCCGAUAUUACUGCCACGUGCAAGGACCUUGGAGCAGUAAAGAAAGUUUUUCAGCUUGCUCUAUUAUGCACAAAGAGGCAACCAGCCGAUAGGCCAACAAUGCACGAAGUUGCGCGUGUAUUAGGAAGUCUUGUGCCGUCAAUCACACCACCAAAACAACUAACUCUUCCACAGCCUGCAUCUCAUCCAUCCGCCAAAGUUCCGUGCUACAUGGAUGAGUAUGCAAAUCUCAAGACACCACACUUGGUGAACUGUCCUUCCAUGAGCACCUCGGAUGCUCAACUCUUCCUCAAAUUCGGAGAAGUAAUCUCUCAGAACAGUGAAUGAGCAUUAUUUUGAAAAGAAUCAGUUUUUAGUUAUCAAAUUCAUGAGUCAUGUAUAUUAAAAAUCCCAACAAAAAAAGGGAUACAGAAUUUGAUGAUGAGGAAUUUAAAAAUGGGGUGUACAAGUUUUUAAUUAAUUAUUUAGUUAAUUAAAAGAUGUGUAUAAGAAAUUUAGUAUUUUAGUGUAAGUUUUUUGUGAUGAUGUUUGUGACAAGUUAGAUAUUAUGUUUCAUCAACAAACUUACAACAAUUUGAAAGGUGUGUAAACCAAAUUUGUUGUACUUUUAUGUUUGGUAGCACACAAGAUUGAAGUAAUGAAGUUAAGGUUAUGGGACCA